UAGGAAACAGUCGGAAUGAUGGCGGACACGGGAAGCGAAGACGUAGCGGUGAUCGGAAACACUGAUCAAACCCCUUCGGAGUUACAAAACAAUAUUAAAAACACGAUGGUUGAGAAGGGGGGCACUCUCUUGAAGGGACUGGAGAUCAGCGUAGCUGAGGCAGAGAAGAGAACAGGAAAAAACGCAGUCAGCAUACAGGAAACGUACACUGUAUAUCUCAUCGAAACAAGGGCGGUGGAUAAUGUGUCUGAGGUUGCCAAUCCCACCCCUGACUCGCUUUGGAGGCGCUACAGCGAAUUUGAGAUCUUCAGAAACUAUUUAUUAGUCACCUAUCCAUUUGUAGUCGUUCCACCUUUGCCAGAGAAACGGGCAGAGUUUGUGUGGCACAAACUGUCUGCAGACAAUAUGGAUCCAGACUUUGUGGAGAGGCGUAGGGUUGGGCUAGAAAACUUCCUGCUCCGGGUUGCUUCCCAUCCAGUCCUGUCUAAUGACAAGAUCUUCUACUCCUUUCUCACUCAGGAACAAGGCUGGAAGGAAGUGGUAUUUGAGACAGGAUUUCAGGCAAAGGCAGAUUCGAGGUUGAAGGCUUUAAAUGCUACUUUUAGGGUGAAGAAUCCAGACAAGAGGUUUGCAGAAAUGAAGCACUAUGGAGACGAACUGCAGUCUGUUAUAUCGCAGCUGCUGCGUGUGCGAGCAAGAGUGGCUGAUCGCCUGUAUGGGGUCUACAAAGUGCAUGGAAAUUACGGCAGAGUCUUCAGUGAGUGGAGUGCCAUUGAAAAAGAGAUGGGAGAUGGACUACAGAGUGCAGGACAUCAUAUGGAUGCGUAUGCUGCUUCUAUAGACGAUAUAUUGGAGGAGGAGGAGCACUAUGCUGACCAGCUGAAAGAAUACCUUUUCUAUACGGAGGCAUUAAGGGCAGUGUGCAGGAAGCAUGAGCUUUGUCAGUUUGAACUGGAGAUGGCUGCACAAGACCUGAUCUCCAAGAAACAGCAGAGGGAGGAACUGGCUACUGGGACAGUCCGAACCUUUUCCUUGAAGGGGAUGACCAGCAAGCUAUUUGGCCAGGAGACGCCUGAGCAGAGGGAGACCAAAUUGAAAACCCUGGAGACCCAGAUUGAGGAGGGAGAGGAGAUGGUGAAGGAGAGAACUGCAGAGUGCGAUGAGUUUGUGAAGAACGCUUGGGAGGACAUAGAGAGGUUCAGAGAACAGAAAGACAGAGACCUCAAAGAAGCUCUUAUAAGUUAUGCCAUCAUGCAAAUCAGCAUGUGUAAAAAGGGAAUUCAAGUAUGGAAUAAUGCUAAAGAGUGCUUCAGCAAGAUGUGAGUUGUGUCUCUAGCCAGAGUUUAAUACACAGCCAUACAGCUGUACAAACAUCUCAAGGUAAGAGUGCUGACCUAUGAUCAGUUGUUCAUCUCCUAUCAUCUCCUGGUGACUAUAAAUAUGUGGACCAAACUGAUCCAAGAUUAGCAUUCUUGCAGAGAUGCUCAAUAGGUUUGAGCCCUAAGCACAAUCUAAGAGGGCACUGGAACCACCAUUGCCACAGAAGCACACUCCUAGGCUGACCUAGGGGAAUGGAACUUUCCUCUGAAUUCUGCAUUUUCCUCUGCCACAUCCACUUAAAUCCAGGAGUAUCUUUCAUAUAUGCAGUAAAACACAUGCAUAAAUAAAAUAAUGAGUGGGGGGAAUUUUUAGUGUUAUUUCUGUUGUGCUGACUGGUAUGGAUUAUACCAGUUUCAUACCAAAUUCCCAGAAUCUUUGUUUGUGCAAGCUAAAACACAAAGUGGUUUAAACUUUUUAUCAUUAACAAAAUGUAUGUACAUUGAUUUAUAUCAGGUCUGGAAAAUGGACUGUUGGCAUACAGGUAUUUAGGGUAAAAUCAUUUUCUUUUUCUUUUUAAUGAAGUGACCAUGCAAAUGUAUAUGCCAUCAUUCCUCUUUUGUAUGUUUUAUACUUUUCGAAAACGGAAGUAAUGACUUUGUGUACCUGAAGGAAAUGUCUUGUGAUCUGCUUACGGUUGCCAUCAGUGCCAGAAAGUCUGUGCCACAAAGAUAUGAGGCUUCAAUGACAGAAAGAUGUCUGUGAAAACAUUGAGUUUCAAUACAGGAUCAUCACAUUAAAGUUUCCGUAAACAUCUGAAACAUGUUCAUUUCAUUGAAACUUAAAAGUAUAAAAAAAAAAUAAUGUAGUGAGGUCUACAUGAGGCAAAUACGCUCUGGUAAUAAAGCAACCAGGCUUAUUGAUAACUGAGCUUACAUGGCCUGUGGCUGAUCUCACUACUGAUGUUCAUAAUAAAAUUCUGUAUGCUCAUUAUUAGCACUUUCUGCAAACUGCCAGGACACGCAAACUGUUUUAUAACCACUACUCCCUUUAAUAUGGUCCAAUUAGGUUGAAAAAUAUAAGCCUGCUUUUUGUCUUAUGCAAGACCUUAUGCAGCAUAUUUUCUUUGUGGCUACAGAUUCCACUUUGAAUGCUAGACUUGUAAUUUUUGAUGAUGUGUGGGUGGGUCCGUAUUUUGAAUUAAAUCUGGCUCUGGAGUAAUAGGAAGGUCACACAGGAAAGGCAGGGUAAUUUAUGUUAAUUUCUUCUUAACAGUUUUGUGUGGAAAUAAGCCUGGCCUACCCCAAUUUUUUGGCUGGAUUUUUUAUGCUGUUUGCUUGCUUGUUUUGUUUCUACACCUUGGAGCUGAUUGUACUAUAUUCGCUGUUUUAUUGUGCAAACACUAAUAAAUACAAUUUUCUAAA